AUGUCUUCUCUUUGUGCUUUUCCUUCACCCAGUUUACUUUCACUUCCAUUUUCAUCAAUGCCGUUCACUUCUCUGCCAUUCCCUCUCUCCCCAACUCGAAACCCUAAUGUCCCAUUUUAUCUUCUCCCUCCAAAAACGCUCUUCAAAUGCUUCUGUUCUUCCACCACACACUCCCUUCCUCCGCUCUCCCCUGACAAAUGGGAACCCUUUCUCAAGAAAAAAGUCGUUAUGAGAGUCGGAUAUAUUGGAACAGAUUUUAGAGGUUUGCAAAUUCAACGGAAUGAACACAAAUUAUCCACUAUUGAGAAAGAACUUGAAACUGCUAUCUUCAAGGUCGGUGGCAUUCGUGAUAGUAACUUCGGUGAUUUGGAUAAGAUUAAAUGGGGCCGAAGUAGCAGGACUGAUAAAGGAGUUCACUCUCUGUCAACAAUGAUAUCCUUUAAGAUGGAAAUCCCUGAGAACGCAUGGAAAGGAGAUGAUCAUGGCAUUGAAAUGGCAAACUACAUUAAUUCUUGUCUUCCUAAUAGUAUCAGAGUUUUUAGUGUAUUGCCUUCAACAAAAGGAUUCGAUCCUAGAAGAGAGUGCAAUCUGCGGAAAUAUUCUUACCUCCUCCCUGCUGAUAUAAUAGGAAUCCAGAGUCAUUUUAGUGAGGAUGAAGUGGAUUUUCACAUUUCCGAGUUCAACAGUAUACUUAGUGUUUUCGAGGGAGACCAUCCUUUCCAUAAUUAUACUGUUCGGUCUAUAUACAGGAAAAAACACCAUGAAAGGAAAUCACCAAAAAAUGGUGACAUGUCGAGGAGAACGGGAUCAUCAUCUAGUUUGGUAUCAGCCUGUGAUUCAGAGAAUGACGAAAGUGAUGUCGAUGAUUCUUUGAGCGAUGAUGAGGAACAAAGCCACAAGUGUCCAGAGUCUAGUGAAUCAAAUAGUUUGAAUAAUCAAAACUCUAGUUUAGGAGUUCGCGCAAGAUGGUUGCAUGAACCGGAUGAGGCAGAUCGAUUAAGUGCUUCUCAUUUUAGAAAGGUGGUACGUUGUUCUUGUGGGAAGUUGGAGACACUUCUUGGAUAUCGAUACGUUGAGAUCAAUGUAUGGGGCGAUUCCUUCAUGCUACAUCAAAUACGCAAGAUGGUUGGGACUGCUGUGGCUGUAAAGCGCAAGUUAAUUCCAACAGACAUCUUUUCAUUGUCACUCCUCAAGUUUUCCCGAAUAGUCCUCCCCAUUGCCCCACCAGAAGUCUUGAUUUUGAGAGGAAAUGCUUUCAGAAUGAGGUCAAGUGGUGGAAGCUACACAAGGCCUGAAAUGGUGUCCAUGGUUGAAUCAGAACAAAUUCUUAAAUCCGUCAACGAGUUCUACUCAUCUGUUAUGUUGCCUGAAUUGUCAAAGUUCCUUGACUCGUCAAAGUCUCCUUGGGCGGAUUGGGUUGAGAAAUUGGAUAAGUAUUCGAGCAUUCCAGAUGAUCAAUUGGAUGAAGUUAGAGAGGCUUGGAGGACAUGGAAGGUAAAUUUCAAGGCGAAACCGACAUCAGAUGUAUAG